AGUACUGUAAUCAACGUGUCAUAAUUAGUCAGACUAACAGGUUUUUUCUCAGGUUGCAGACCGAAAUUUUUUUUGUUCCCUUGUGUAAUUAAAGAUGAGAUCUUUUUCAGCCAUUUUGCGCGUUGUCAAAGUUGGAAUAGUUAUUGGUAAACGUACCUCAGCGAGUGCAAAUAUACCCUUUCGUGCUCUAACCACGUUUCCAACAUUAAUGUCUUCGGAAGUUGAUCAAGCUGCGUUAGCAGCAGAUGCACGGAAUAAAUAUGGUAAUCAUGUUCAAGCUGAUUCCAUUUUUUCAAAAAUUUUACGAAAAGAAAUACCAGCAAAAAUAUUCUAUGAAGAUGAUCAAUGCAUAGCUUUUCACGAUGUUAUGCCACAGGCUCCAGUGCAUUUUUUAGUUAUACCACGAGUUCCAAUUCCAACACUACAAGAUGCUAAACAAGAAGAUUGCUUUUUAUUAGGUCAUUUGUUGCUUGUUGCUCAGAAAUGUGCUCAAGAACAAGGACUUGCGGAUGAUGGAUAUCGUCUUGUUAUAAACAAUGGAAAGAACGGUGCUCAAUCUGUAUAUCAUUUGCAUAUUCACGUUCUUGGAGGGAGACAGAUGCAGUGGCCUCCUGGGUAAUAAUCCUAAUAGCAUUUUUUUUUAGUUUAAACAUAUUUUGAAUAAUUAAGUAUUAUCAUUGUUUUUAAGAACGAUAAGAGUUUUCUUGUACUUCUAAUAUUUUGUAUCGAUAUUUUUCAUGUGUCGAUUUGUACUUUAAAUAUUGUACUUAACUAUA